AUGAGUGACAACCAGGACACAUCAGAGGCUGAGGAGGAAGACGCCACUCCGUCCGGGAGCGCGACCUUGCCGCUCCGGCCGCCGAGCGACCGCCUCCCUUGCAACAAGAGCAGCGUGUGCUCGCGCUCCUACUUCGUGGUGGUGAUGGUGUUUUUUCACGUAUACAUCAUUAAUGUUAUAGCACUGCUAUUUUACGUGCACUAUAACAGCGGGCAGGAAGAUGCCAACCCGAGUCGUGAUGCUCCGAGCAGUAACCACCAGCAGCAGCACCCCGAGUCGCGACGUCCGCCAUCAAAGCCGGAGUUUCUGCGUGAUGUUUCCCUCACGAGAAUCGAGGGGAUAAGGGUGGGACAUGUCCAGAAGGUGUCGCUGGUGCCGAGCAAAGUGCAUGAAAUGCGGACUCUGAGUCUGAAGCCACUGCUGUUCGAGAUCCCCGGGUUCUUGUCGGAGGAUGAGUGCCGUGUGGUGACGCAACUUGCACAGCUCAAGGGUCUAAUGGAGAGUCAGCUAAUGGUGCAAGACGGCCAGGAUGAGCUGGCCAAGGAGCUCAACCUCGGCCCAGAGGAGAUCUUCAACCUUCUUGAUAUCAACCAGGAUGGACAGUUGCAGCUCCAUGAGAUACUGACUCAUUAUCGAGUGAGGGACGGCAUCUGGCUCACGCCGGAGAAUCUGCGAGAAAUCUAUGCUGGGCUCAAAGCUGACGAGGACGGUAAUGGUUUGCUGAGUCUAGAAGAGUUCAGGCUUCUGAGCAAUGACGCCUUCCAGCGCUUCCUGCUGCAGCGAGGGGUGAAGAGGAGUCAGCUGGUGAGGAACAGCAGACACACCUGGCUGUAUCAGGGCAAAGGAGCACAUCAGGUCCUCCAAGACAUCAAGGCGAGGGUGACUCGUCUCACUCGGCUCCCACCCGCAUUAGUGGACCUCAGUGAGCCCCUCCAGGUGGUUCGCUAUGAGGAGGGAGGACACUACCACGCCCACCACGACAGCGGCCCUGUGUAUCCUGAGACCGCAUGCACACACACGCGCCUCGCGUCGAACACCUCCACUCCUUUUGAGACGUCUUGCAGGUACAUCACAGUUCUCUUCUACCUGAACUCUUGUAGGGGGGGUGGGGAGACCGCAUUCCCAGUGGCAGACAACAGGACCUAUGAUGAAGUGUCUCUCAUACAGAAUGACGUUGAUCUUUUGGACACCAGAAGGAAUUGUGACAAGAGCAACCUCAAGGUGAAGCCUACCAAAGGGACAGCUGUUUUCUGGUACAACUACCUUUCUGAUGGAAAAGGAUGGGUGGGAGAGCAGGAUGAAUAUGCUCUGCAUGGAGGCUGUGUGGUCACCCAUGGCACUAAGUGGGUUGCAAAUAAAUGGAUAAACAUUGAUCCGGAUUACCAGCGGCAGGCUCGCUAUCAGAAGCUGGUUUCACAGCAGCCAGAGGAUGAAGAUGAUGAAGGUCUGACUCUGAAUCCAGACCUACAGAGUUCUGAUGUCCAUCAAGAGUUGUAG